AUGCAAUUCAAAUAUUUAACUGUUCUUGCUGCAGCUGUUUCAUCAGUUUCUGCUAUUGGAGACGUAAGUUUUUUUUCGAAUAUGAUUUGAAAUUUGGUGGAGGCAUAAUAUUAACAUAUUCUUUAGCUUGCUUUCAAUAUUGGUGUUAAGGAUAACUCCGGUAACUGUAAAUCGACAGAAGAAUACGAAAGUGACUUCUCUGUUUUAGAAUCACAAUCCAAGAUUGUUAAGACAUACGCAGUUUCUGA